AUGCAACAUGGGCAAUCACCCAACCAAGAACACGAACAAGAGAUGACACAGGAAGACCAUAUCACGCCCGUUCAAAACCCUCGCAAUGAUCCCAUCAAGGAGAAAGCGGCUCAGUUCCUGGCUACUGUAAACGAAGACCGAACCUUUACAGUAGAGGAGGAGAAAGCCGUCCUGAGACGGAUCGACCGGCGCAUCCUCCCUUUGCUGUUGGGAGCAUACUUUUUCCAGCAGCUGGACAAAUCGUCCCUCUCGUAUGUUUCCAUUUUCGGCAUUGUCGAAGAUGCAAACCUCCACGGCCAGCAGUACUCCUGGCUGGGGUCGAUCUUGUACCUGGCGCAGCUGGUCAUGCAGCCGAUCGCCGCCCUGCUGCUCGUCAAAUUACCUACAGGGAAGCUGAUCGGGUCGGCGGUGCUUCUCUGGGGCAGCUCACUCGCUAUCAUGGCGGCCUGCACGAAUUUUCCCAGUCUGCUAGGGUUACGAUUCACUCUAGGCGCGUUUGAAGCGAUGAUCGCUUGUUCACCUACGGACUCGGCCAUAUCCAUAGCGACAGCCUAUUCUCAUACCAGGUACCGCCCUUCCUCCCUGGUCGAGCGACAGAAGCUAAUGACGAAAUGUCUUAGCGACCGUGAGAAGGUGAUUGCCGUCGAGCGGCUCCGCGCCAACCAGAUGGGGAUCAUUUCGCGGGAAUGGCGAUGGGACCACGUUCGGGAGACGUUCUACGAUCUGAAAACGUGGUGCUGGUUUUUCCUCAUCGUCUCGAUCUCAAUCCCAAGCGGAGGCAUCAGUACCUUCGGCAACCUCAUCAUCAAGUCCUUUGGGUAUAACAGCUUUGAAACCAUUCUCUUCAACAUCCCCUUCGGGGUUAUCCAGAUUCUUGCCAUCAUCGGUGGGGGCUGGCUCGCCACUCGAUUCCAGCGCAAGGGCCUGGUCAUCGUGGGGUUUGCGCUCGUCGCCGCCGUUGGGACCUUGCUGAUGAUUGUUGUCCCGAGAGAACAGAAGGGGGUGCUCUUGUUCGGAUACUACCUGGUGUCGUGCCUGGCGGCGAUCACGCCAUUGAUAUAUGCCUGGGAGGCACAGAAUACUGCAGGCGACACGAAGCGGAAAUGCACAUCGGCAGUGGUCUUGGUGGGAAUGUGUGCGGGCAACGUAUGUCUGCUCCUGAUCAGCCUGCACCGGUUGCUAAGCUUCAUAGGUCAUUGGUCCCCAACUAUAUUCCACAUCGCAAGCACCGCUCUAUCGGCCUGGGUUGAUUUCCAAUCUGAUAAUGCAAAGAGAAGACGCGACCUGGGCAAGUCCGCCCACAUUGCAGACGAGUCCAUGCUCAGCAAAAAGCAUCUGGAGGGAAAGGCGCUGGAACUGGAGGAGAUCGCUCCUGCGCCACCGGCGCCGACGGAGGACAAAGGAUUCUCAGACAGCACGGAUCUGAAGAACGAGGAUUUUAUCUAUGUGUACUGA